AAGUUGAGUGUAUGUGUGUCACAGUGGCGAGGAAGGUAUGAAUGUCAGCUGGCUGUAAGUGAUUAACAUGGCAGGAGGCUCAAAUAACAUAAAUACUCGUCCUGUUGGACUGAGGACAUGUGAGGGAACUGCAUGCUGUUAGGCAGCGAGUAUAACAUCGCUGGCUCCAUCUUGUUGCACAGCUAACAGCAAGAGUCGGGUGCAAACCCCUGCUAACAGUGUCUCUUCCAACAAUUAAGUCCUUGUUUCCGCAGAAACAUAACUGACCUGAGCUGAGUCAUCUUGAAGCUCCACAAACAUAAACAUCAAGAAGAGGAAAAGAAAAGAAUACUGGAAAACAAAAAUGACCGCCAAUCUCGAGAACACAUUCUCAACAGAAAUCAAGGUUGCAGCUACAGUAUUUGUUGUCACCUUAGUCGCCGUGAGACUUGUCAACUUCCUGAACAAGCGCCGCUACAAGCUGCCCCCUGGUCCCUGGAACCUGCCCCUUGUAGGUUACCUCCCUUUCCUUGGGAAAGAGCCCCCGGUUACCUUCUCUUCUCUGCGGGACAUUUACGGCGAUGUGUUCAGCAUCCAAAUGGGCAGCUUCCCGGCCAUCGUGGUCAACGGGAUGGAUGCUAUUAGAGAAGCUCUCCUAACCAGAGGAGACGACUUUUCUGCCAGACCACCGUUCACCACCGCCCGACUCCUGAAUGAGGGCAGGAAUUUAGGAUUUGCGGCCUUUGGACCCAUCUGGAAAGCUCACCGGAAAGUUGUUACCCAUGUUAUGUACGCCUUCACCAACGCCAGAAAUAACCCCAUUGAGGACAUCAUUGUGUCGGAAGCCAUCACUGUUGUUGAGGAGUUUGCUGCCCACGGAAAGGAACCUUUUGAUCCCUUCGAAAGCAUUUCAGUGGCAGCGUCUAGCAUGGUGUACCAGUUGUGUUAUGGUAGACAUAAAAAUAUUCGGGAAGAUCCAGACUUUUCGAACAACAUGCAGAAUUCCCGGGACUUCCGAAAAUUCACAAAGACCGGGAAUCCGGUAGAUGUUAUGCCCUGGCUACGUCAUCUCAUGCCCUGGAAGGUCAGCAGGUUUCUAGAAAUCACAGGAACGUUUGCCAAAAAUCGAAUAAAGAAAGUUAAAGAACACGAACAAACAUUCGACGGGGAAUAUCUUCGGGAUAUCACUGAUGGUCUAAUCUCCGCUGCCGACCAUCUGUCAGAAGAAGAUAAAGCAAUAGGUCUGGACAGGACACGGGUCAUCGAAAGUCUAGAUACUAUUUUCGCUGCUGGAACAGGCACAGUGGGGGGAGUCUUACACUGGAUGGUUCUGCUCAUGGCAGCUCACCCUGAUGUCCAAGAGAACGUAUUCCAAGAGAUCGAAAAGGUUGUCGGACUAAAUCGCUAUCCUUCCCUUGCGGACCGUUGCAGUCUUCCCGUGGUAGAAGCGACCAUCUACGAAGUGUACCGCUUUGCUGCUCCUGUCCCUGUACCUGCGCCUCGGUUGACAACUUGCGACACGACUGUUCACGGCUACGAGGUUCCUGAAGGAACGGUGGUUCUGUUCAACAUCUCUUCUGUCCUCCAUGAUAAGGACACGUGGGGAGACCCCGAGAAGUUCCGACCAGAGCGUUUCCUGUUGGACAACGGUCAGCUGGACAAGGCCAAGGCCGAGCAAGUGAUUGUCUUCUCCUUGGGUAGACGACGAUGUUUGGGCGAGUAUCUGGCACGGAUGGAGGUCUUUCUGACCUUCUCCACCCUCAUCCAACGCUGUCGACUGUACAAGCCACCCGGGGUACCCGACUACACGCUGGGGAGGGUGUAUGGAAUCGGAUGUGAUCCAGCACCUUUUAAAGUGUGUGUGGCUCUCAGAGAAUAAAAACUACAUUCAACUUACAUGAAUAUACGAGUAAAAUGUUACUUAAUGGAAUUUGCCUUUCCUUUUUAAAAAACUGAGCUUUAUUCUGUUUGUCGGUGUAUUUGUAAUUACUUCUUACACUAAGGAAAACAUUUAAAUGGAAAUUGAGAUAAUGUUUUAGCUAUGAAACGAUUUCUAGGAUAAGGUUUGCGUACUCAUAAUGUGAUGUGAUGUGAGAUAUAAUACUCUAGAAGGUAUCUGAUUUUUACCAAUAUACAUGAAUGCUAUGUGAGACACUGGUUAAAAACCACGGGAAUGUAAUUAUAGUCUUAAAAUAUCAGAGCUAGACAAUGACGGGAAACAAAACUGUGGAUCUGACAUGAAGAUGAUGAUUAUUAUUUUAUUAUUAUUAGGUAUUAUUUAGUGUAUGUUUCUAGUUUGGUUUUGGGCUUUUGGUUUGGUUUUUGGCUCAAUCAGAGAGUGAGAUCAGAGCAGUUUAUUAGAUUCCUUAAGUAAAGGUUGAUACAACCACUUUCAGAAAUGAAGUUGUAUUGUCAGUAGGAGCGAUAGUCGUUGUUUCUAUAAAUCCAGCUUUGCCAAAUAAGAUGAGAUCACUCCCUACGGACCUUAUCAAUGACGAGGAUGAAUGUCAUUUGACAUUUUGCUGCCCGUUUUAAAGAAUUAUCAAUUUGCUUGAUUGCAAAAAAAAAAAAAA